AUGUUUAUAAAUUUCAUUAAAGAAGCCAUUUGUGAUAAUAACGAUGAAGUGUAUAAAUACCUUCUCGGCUGGAUUGCAUCAAUGAUUCAACAUCCUGGAAUCAAGAAUGAAACAGCAAUUAUUUUGAAAGGACUUCAGGGAACAGGUAAAAACAGAUUUACAGACAUUAUUUCUGAACUUCUCGCCGGUUAUUCAUGUAAAAACAUUACCGAAAUAAGUGAGCUAACGGGUAAUUUCAAUUCAGUAGUUGAGAAUAAAAUGUUUCUUGUACUUAAUGAACUCAAGAAUGUAGGUGGAGACAGACUCGCAAACUUCAACGCUUUGAAAUCAAUUAUUACGGAUAAUGAGAUUAGAAUUAAUGAAAAGAAUCAACCCAGAAGAACUGCUCAGAAUGUUGCAAACUUCAUUUUGGUAACUAAUAACGUUUACCCUGUCAAAAUUGAAGUUGGAGACAGAAGAUACGUAGUUUUAAGAGUUAAUGGUAAAUUCAAGGGUCAAUUUGAUUACUUCAAGAAUUUAAUGGAUUCAUGCACAAAGGAAUUUUAUGAUAAUUUACUGACGUAUUUUAUGCAAUACGACCUUUCAUCAUUUAAUAUACGAAUCAUACCGAUGACUGAAGCCAAACAAGAUUUAAUAGAAUUAUCAACAAAUCCUUUAGAUGAAUGGAUAAAUACACAUUAUGAUGAAUUGUGUGCAGGUAUGACGUGUAAAAAUGCUCUAUGCUGCAAACCAUCAGACAUGAAAGACAAGAAUUUCCAAAUGAGCAUUAAGGAUAAAUGUGAUAGGAAACAGAGAAGAAUAGAUGGUAAACAAACAUGGUGUUAUGUUUUGAAAGAAGAAAUGAAAGGAUUAUAUAAACAGGUUGAACCAAACGAUAAUGAGGAUUCAUUUACUGACGAUGAAAUACCUGUAAAUGAAGCUUUAUAA